CACUUUUUUACGCUCACUUCUACACUGAACUUCAUUCCUGUUACUUACCAGUUCACAGCAAUCAGACUAAAUCAAGAUAAAGCGCAGAGAUCAAGAUGGGCUCUUUGCCGACACUCACACCGUCCGCACCCUAUACGCACUCCCACCCUGUUCCUCCACCAGGAGUAUAUGCUCCAGCCGUAACAUUCUUCGAUCCUGAGACCGAUACCCUCUGUCCUACCGAACAAUCCCAGUACUACAAAUACCUCGCCUCGGCCGGCCUUACUGGGCUUGUGAUCCUGGGUACGAAUGCUGAAACAUUCCUCUUGACCCGCGAAGAACGACGUACCCUUCUUACGUUGGCCCGUCAAUCUGUCCCAGACCCCUACCCCAUAAUAGCUGGAGUAGGUGGGCACUCGACGGCUCAAGUCCUCGAGUUCAUAUCCGACGCCCAUGCCGCAGGAGCCAACUACGUUCUCGUUCUGCCUGCUGCAUACUUCGGCAAGCAGACCACUCCUUCUGUUGUCCACAAUUUCUACACGUCCGUCGCCAAAGCCAGUCCGCUCCCAAUCCUGAUCUACAACUUUCCUGCCGUGUGUAAUGGCCUUGAUCUCGACAGCGACGUGAUCGCCCAAUUGGCGAAUGAGAACCCGAACAUUGUUGGCGUGAAAUUGACGUGCGGCAGCGUUGGCAAAAUCACCAGGCUCGCAGCGACCUUUCAACCUGAGCGCUUCGCUGUCUAUGGAGGGCAAUCGGAUUUUCUCGUCGGAGGCUUGGCCGCGGGAAGUGCUGGCUGUAUUGCAGCUUUUGGAAACAUAUUCCCUAAGACCGUGUCCAAGAUUUUCGACUUGUACAAGAUGGGCAAACAUGACCAGGCUUUGGCGCUGCAGAGGAUGUCUGCACACGCCGAGAACCCCACAAAAGCAGGGAUCGCCACGACAAAGUAUGCUGUAAGUCAGUAUAGUGCGAAAGCGGCCGGGAUUCAGGGCAAUUUGGAGGCAAUGUUGCGACCCAGGAGACCAUACGAAGAGCCGAGUGAGGCAGUGAGAAGGAAGAUUAAUGAGAUCAUGACACCACUGGCUGAGAUAGAGAAGACGCUGUAG